AUGGCAGGCGGCACGGGCGAGAAGCUUACCACGGCGACCAUCAUCGUCUCAGGCGUUGCGGCCUUGAUCGCGACGUUGCUAUCGGCUGUGUCCAUCUUCUUGCAGUCGAAGAACUAUCGCAAGCCUCUUCUUCAGCGCUAUGUCAUUCGAAUCUUGCUCAUGGUCCCGAUUUACUCAAUCGCCUCAUGGACGAGCAUGGUCUCCAUCCAGGCGGCCGCCUUCCUCGACCCCAUCCGCGACAUCUACGAGGCCUUCACCAUCUACACUUUCUUCCAGCUUCUCAUCAACUAUCUCGGAGGAGAGCGAGCGUUGAUCAUCAUGACCCAUGGUCGAGAACCAGUCCACCACCUAUGGCCCCUGAACCACGUCCUCCCACGUGUUGACAUAUCCGAUCCCCAUACCUUCCUGGCCAUCAAGCGAGGCAUCCUCCAAUAUGCGUGGCUCAAGCCUUUGCUGGCUCUGGCGACCGUCAUCAUGAAGGCGACUGGGACCUACCAAGAGGGCUACAUCGGCGCUGAAUCAGGCUACUUUUGGAGCAGUCUGGUCUACAACAUCAGCGUCACCGUGAGUUUGUACUCGCUCGGUCUCUUCUGGGUUUGCAUGCACAAUGACCUCGCGCCGUUCCGGCCAGUACCCAAGUUUCUGUGCAUCAAGCUCAUCAUCUUCGCUUCGUACUGGCAAGGAUUCUUCCUCUCCAUUCUCGUUUGGCUGGGGGCCAUCCCCGACAACGUCGAGGGCUACACCCCGACCAACCUGGCAGCAGCCAUACAGGAUGCACUCAUCUGCAUAGAAAUGCCCGCCUUCGCCAUCGCCCACUGGUAUGCCUUCUCUUGGCACGACUUCGCCGACAACAGUAUACUCUCCGCCAGGAUGCCUGUUAAGUUCGCCUUCCGUGACGCCUUCGGUGUGAGAGAUCUCAUCGAAGACUCCAAGGAAACCUUCAAGGGCGACAUGUAUGGGUACCGGGCCUUUGACUCGGGCGAUAAGAUCAUGGCACACGAAGAAUCACGUGCCAGACUUGGAAGACUCAAGGAAGGCAUGCGAUACUCGAGGGGCGGUAAAGGAAAGUACUGGAUCCCUACGCCUGGCCAGGUGGACCGCCAGGUGAAUCGCGAUAUGAAUGAACGGGAUCCUCUGUUGGUAGGAACUGCGGGCGGUCCGAGCGAAGAGUACAACUACGCCAACGGAACUUUCAACGAAGACCUCGCCAACGACCCUCAGAUCGACCCCGACGAGGAGCAACUCUAUGAUAAAGCUCGUGAGCUGGAGUUUGGCGAUUGGAACUAUCCCGUCAUCACUGCGAGCGAACCACUGAGCAAGCGGUAUAUGUCUUCUCAAGGCAGCUUGGGUUUUGCUUCCUCGUCUCGGUCGACAACAGAGCACUUGCGGCGGUCUCCUCGGCCUGAUCAGCCGAUAGUGGUUGCCAGCAAGAAGAAGAAGAAGCAGAAGCAAGAACCGGCCGAAAGGUCGGGUUCGACGUCAUCGCCAGAUCAGACCGAAUCUGGACCGUCGACUAAGCCGCAAAGCCCGGCGCCGAAGCCAGCAACACCGCCUGGUCCUCCCGCUGAGUCGGAGCAAGCACCAAAUGCUCAGCAGCAAACCACGAACAAGGAGUCGGAGUCUCCCGAUCUACAGGAAGCUAUGGCUUCGCCAUGGGCCGAGAGCGAACAAGAAGACGAUUUUAAUCAGAAUUUCCGUGUCGGAGACGAAGAUGAGUUCAAGAAUGUCUGGGGCAGUAGCCAACCUCGUUGA